CCCCUUUGCUCCCGACAAUGUCAACACUCCAUUCUCCCCAUCCUGUUAUUUUUUUUUCUUCCUCGCCAUUUGCAGAUCUUCGACGCCGCAACGCUCCAAACCAUGCGCCCGGCCACAACCAACAAACAACAUCCGAUGACAAGCUCGCCUCGACUAAUACAACUUUCGGCAAGCUUCUCCCCCCGGCUAUAGCUCCGCCCUCGAUUUUGAGAUUUCUCGAGAGACGCGGCUAGUAUCCGUUUCCCAGGACCACAAUCACCACUUCGCCCACUCAUACAACCCUAGUCUUAUUAGACAGCCACGAACUUCAUCCACGAAUCAUAGGGAAUCCGCGUCUAGCUUUAUUGCACUUCGCGCCGGAAGAGACUUCCAACUCGCAUAUAAGGCACAUCACGCGUUUUCGGUUUCCGUGCAGCCCUCCACGACAAAAUAUUUAAACCUUGGUUGCGGCUGCGAAUGCCCAUCUACGAUACACGCCAAACAAAAUCCCAUUUACUUCGCGCCCGACCACGCCUUUCCGCACGCGUCUACCGAGCUUUGCUCAUUACGUUUCAACUCCCCAGAACGUUCCCCGCUUGCGGAACAACUUUGAUAUAAGUUUUUUUGCUCAAAUCGGCAAGCACAAAACUGGACUAUCUUCAACGCUACGACUCGCAACAGUAACCGGUCAUGGUGCUGUUCAAGCGCAAGCCGGUCCGGUUCCUCGAACCGCCGCAAGUACCCGAUGGCUCCUCCGAGGUCUGGUACAUUGACCAGACUGGCGAGAUGUUCCUCACAUAUGAGGACUAUCUCAACAGGAUGGACUUUUAUAAGCAGCGCCGAUUCAUUUGCCAGAUAACAGGUCAUUCAGGCUUGACCUUCUUCGAUGCCCUUAAAAGCGAGCUCCAUGGUGCUCAAGAGGUCGAUCAGGCGUUUCCAGAAUCAUUAAAAGGCCCAAUCCUACGGCGCGUUCAAUUCUCCACAGUUUCGAGGAUAGAUCAUCUUGUUGAUCAGGUCUUUGACGAGUUCAAGUCAGACUACUAUCCUGGCGAAUCUGUGGGUAUCCAACUCAUGGAGGGAGAUCGGCAUCAAGGCGUCGUACGGGAAAAGGUUAAGUUCCCGGGUAAAUUGCUCCCCGACGGCAGCUCGACAAAGCCAUAUGCUUCGUAUACCGUCAGCCUUGACAGCAUGCCGGGACAGGAGGCACAAGUUGAUAGCGAACACAUCUGGCGCGAUCGCAAGGUCUUUACCAAGUCGGUCUUACGAUCCUUCAUCAAGAAGACGGUCACCAGGGAGGCUUGGAAUGGCGCGCCAUGGCUGGUCAAACACGACGUCGCAGCCAAGUAUCAUAUUGAUACACGGGUGCCCACUCAUCUACUUUACGACAGCAAACUCCUGGAGCGUAAGCAUCUGCAGGCUCAAAAGAAGCACCAAAGCUCGGCGGAUAGCAGCUUUAAUGGCGCCAAUGGCACGCAGCUUGUCAACGGGAAUGGCACAAUGCCGACUAACCCCUUCAGUUCUAAUGGCCCAAUGCGUCUGCCAGAGCUCAAGCCCGCCCCCAAGAGCCACAAGCCGAAACACCUCCAGGGUCAGCAAGCCGCCAAAGGUAAAUUGGCCGGUCUUGUUCACCCAGAGAUUUGUCAUGACAUGAUGCCGCCGCCUAUUCCGGGAAAUCCUUUACAAUUCUCAAUGCCAUACCAAAAUUCGGGCAAAAUGAUUCCCAUGAUGUACCAACCCGAACCGCCACCACCACCUCCGCCUCCGAAAUAUCCCAUCGAAGACUUGCAGCUAGAGUCACGUGGCCACGUUCGACCGAAGAUAAAGUUCUUGUGCAAGGAUCCGCCAGUCGACACGGAGAAGAUUCCUCCUCUCGGCGAGCACAUCUUGAUGAAGUCGGUGGGGCCAUUGUUGGAAACUUGGGACACUCUCAAUGUCUACUGCGAGGUCUUCAAGCUGGACUCUUUCACAUUUGACGAUUACGUGGAAAGUCUGGUUGUUGCAUCAGAGGAGGUCAGGCCUCAGCUUUUUGACGAGAUCCACUGCUCAAUACUAUCGGUCCUGGUCAGCUCGGAAAAGGACGGCGGCGAAGCCCAGAUUCAGCUUCCCGCUCUGGAUGAUGACGAUGAUGACGAAGAGGAAGAGGAAAGCCGGUCACCAACGCCUGAGCCCGAGCCAAAGCCAGCCAAACGGGCGACUAGGAGCAGCCUUGCCAAGGCCGAGGCAGAGCGCUUAGCCAACGAAGCCGCGGCCGCUGAGAGGGAAAGUGAGGAACAAGCUGCACUCGCUGCUAAGCGACACCGCGCCGAGGACGUCCUGGAGGACUACGACUGGGUCGAGCAGGCUGCAAAGCGAAACUUUCAGGAUGGUGGUUGGGAGCGCAUCAUGGUCGGGUUGCUACACCAGAUUUCCCAACGGGAGCGCUUGCAUGAUUCGUGCGAGGAUAUACUGGCGGAGCUUGUCCCUACGGCCGAAGAGCCUACGCAGGAGACGGUGCGCCGGAAUUACGCUACAAUGGACGUCAACAUGCGCGUCGCUGCCCUGCAGUUAAUAUGCAUGUUGACUGUGGAGACCAAGGCCGUUCGUGCCUAUAUGGAGGAGUGCAGUGAGACGAUGACUGAGUACAGAAAACAAAAGAUUGAGCUCCAGCGGCAAAGGAAACUUGCGAUCGAGGAGCUGAAGGCGUUGAACGAGGAGCGGAAGAUCCAGCUGCCCGACAAUAUGCCUCCAUCGCCGAAGCCCGAAGUUCCCAAGGCCAACGGCGAUGUUUCAAUGACAGGUACCAACGAUCAUGCUUCCCCGCUGGUUGACGACGAUACGAUGAACGCCGAUACGACUGAAGAUGACGUGGCGAUCGGAAGGGGGUUAAGGCGCGCACAGGAUCGUGCAGCGCAAAGGCAGAAGAAGCGGGAGCUUGAGGAAGAGCGUAAAAGGGAGAAGGAGGCCGCAGCGGCAACCAAGGCGCCGAAGCAAACUAAGCAGUUUAUAAAACUUCUGAAGGACAUCCAAAAGAAGGAAGACACGAUCAAGGAACUUGAGGCCGAGAUUGCCGUCAUCGACAAUGACCUGCGCGAAGCCGACUGCCCGCGGACGCGUGUUCUUGGCAAGGACCGAUUCUGGAACAGGUAUUACUGGUUUGAGCGCAACGGUAUGCCUUACGCUGGCUUGCCGCAGAGUUCGACUGCCGAGGCUGAGUAUGCGAACGGGUGCAUAUGGGUGCAAGGGCCGGACGACAUGGAGCGCGAGGGCUACAUUGACCUUGCCCCUGAGCAAGAAAAGGAGUACAAGGCCAAGUUCGGCAUGACUGUUGCCGAGCGCAAAGCCAAAGACGAGGGCCUAACGAGCGUGUUCAAUGCGCGCCAGUGGGGUUUCAUUUCGGAUCCAGACGACGUGAAAAAGCUCAUUGAUUGGCUCGACCCCCGCGGCUUCAACGAGCUCAAGUUGAGAAAGGAGCUCGUUGCCUUUAGGGAACGAAUCGAGACGCAUAUGCGCAACAGACUAAAGUACAUCGGCAGCCCAGGAGAGGAGAAGCCAGUGGAAAAUGAGACUGACAAAAAGGAGAAGACGCCCGAGAAGGAGCCCGAGAGGAAGUCUGGGUUCACGGCUGUCAACUCGGGUAAGCGGUCAACUCGCGGCGUUGCCGCAGCCAAGGCCGCUGUGGUGCAGUCGACGCCCGAACCGCCUCAAUACCGCUGUCUCAAGUGGGAGAAUCAAACCAUGAUAGAGGACGUGGGCCAUAUACACAGUGUCCACCCGCCUCCACCUCGAACCAAGAAGCCCAGUCGGAAAAAGGAGGCUGCGGAUGCCUCUGCUGCGGCUGACAAGAAGGGCAAGCCGCUAGGCCGGCAGGGAACGAGAUAUAACUUUUAGACAAGCUGGUCGACUUUGGCCGGUUGUGAGCCUACUUCGCCUCCGUAUCCGCUGAACGCCACAUUACACAUCUCUGUUGGACCAGCACUGAUUGCUUGUCAUAUCUACGGUUUCGCUUGCGGCAUUAUGAAUACCCUUUUGCGGCAUACUCUUGUCACUAUACUGCGCUUGUCGCCACUUUUGUCGCCACUACACUUUUUUUUAUCUGCUUCUCUUCCCAUAUCUUCGCGUCUUUACAGGAAGCUCCGAGACUCGAAUCACAACGACUGGGGUAUUCCAUCACGCAUCACAUGGCUUACCGGGUGUUACUUCGUGCUACAAAAGGGAAACAGAAAAAAGUUACUUGAAGCGCUUGAAUGUUUCUUUAUUUUUUGGCUUGGGUUAUCUUUUGGCGGUUCACGCGGUGAUAAGGUGGUUUGUUUUCGGAAAAGAGAAAAUAGAAGGAAGGCCUCACAUACAAAAAAAACACUACAUAGAUACAGCUAAUACUCACAUCAUCCCAUAUACUUGGAAUGACUUUUCUAUUCAGCUUUACGUCUGUCCUUUUUUCCAACUCCUUUAUUAGCCAGAGUUGUGUCUUUUCUUCUUCUUUGUUUUCAUCUGUGUUCUUUUUUUACUCAAAGCUCGUCCUGUCUAUGUCCAGCAAUCUUGAUGUUGAGGCCCGGUAUGUUGGCAAUCGAGAUCUUCCUUGUGGCGGCGGCCGCGACCCUGGUGGGACCCAGGUCAUCGUACGAGGUGGUGACACCCGGCGGCGUCCAGGGCUUGACGCGGCCCUGGAACACGUCCAGACCCCACUGUUGGAUGGACCGCGGGUCGACGGGCCGUCCGCGCGGGUACGGGUAGACCCUGUCCUUGGAGAGCUGGUGCAGAGCGCCUGCCGGUCGGCCCUCGACGAUUUCUUCGCCCG